AUGAAGCCAUAGACUGUUCCUUAAUCAUUGGCAUAAAGUGAUAAUUCAUUGGAUAAAAAUCAAAAUGAAAGUUAAGUAGAUGAACCUGGAGAUGAACAUCAAUUUAAAGUAUAUUCAGCAAAGGAAUUAAAGAGUAUUAAACUAUAAGGUUUAAUAUGUUUAUUUGGUGGGGUUGCUCUUCAUUUUGUGCUUGGUACAUUUUAUCUUUGGGGAGGCAUAAGUAUAUUGAAUAUGUUAAUACAAAAGGUCCUUAUGUUGCUGCCUAUAUGAAACAAUAUGAUCGAAAUGUCACAUAAUCUACACUUCAAAUUGUAUUCCCAAUUUUAGGAAUAGCCACUAAUUCAGUUCUUUCAUUUGGAGUUAAGUUAGCGUUUAGAAUAGGUUUUUAAACUAUGAUCUGUGGAGCCGGAUUUUUAAUUUCGCUUGCAUUUUUAAUAUUGUCUAUCAUUAAUGAUAUUUAUGGAUUUAUCUUGAUAUAUUGUUUUAUGAUUGGUAUUCCUACAGGAUUAGUUUAUAUGUUACCAAUAAGUAAAUUUUAUAAUUAUUUUCAAUAAGUUUGUGGAUGGAAAUAUUUUCCAUUUAAUAGAGGAAUGGUUUCUGGAUUGAUUAUUGCAGGUUAUGGAUUUGGAGCAUUUUCAUUUAACUUUUUAUGCAAAGCUAUAUGUAACCCUAAUAAUGAAGACCCAGAAUUGUCUUUUGAAGAGAAUGGAAAAAUAAAGAAAUAUUUUUCAGAAAGUGUUUAUAAAAAUGUUCCUUUAAUGUUCAGGAUGCUAGCAUUGUAAUUAAAAAAAAUUGUUAAUUUAGAUCAUAUUUCUUUUUAACUAUAAUUGCAACUUUAUUAGUAAAAUAUCCAAAUGAUUUGAAUUUAGAAUAUUAAUAAGCUUUAGGGGAAGGUUAUAAAAAACCAAGUGGAAUAAAUCAUGAGAAAUCUGUCGAUUAUAAUCCAACGGUAAUGCAUGCAGAAUGCGAAACAUUAGAACAAGGUUUAAAAUCUAGACCAUUCUGGUUUUUAGUAGUUAUGGUGUUAUGCUCAAUAAUUUUUGGUAUGCUUUUAGCUAAUUGCUAUAAAGUAUUUGGAUAAACAGUAAAAAUUAAUAAAAUUUAAAUAAGCUUGGAAUUAAUGAUGCUAAAUUAACUGUUCUUGGUUCAGUUUAGGCAAUAUGUAAUGGAGGUUCAAGAUUUGGAUGGGCAGUUUUAUUUGAUAAAAUCGGUUUUAAAAAAGUUUAUUUAAUAAUUGCAGUUAUCAAUUUAAUUUGUACUGCAUCUAUUGGUUAUAUAAGUAAUAGUUAUACUGGUUAUUUUAUUAUUUUGUGUGUAUCAAUGUGUUGUGAAGGAGGUUUAUUUUCUUGUUAUCCUGCAGUUAGUGCAAAAAUAUUUGGACAUAAAGUAAUAUUAUAUAAAAUAAAUUAAAUUAGGUAGGACCUAUAAUAUAUGGUGGAUUAUUCUUUGUUAUUGGUUUAUCUAAUAUGUUAGGAUAUUUAUUGUACAAAUUUGGAGAACCAUCAAUAGGUUUUGGUGGAAUCUUUUGGAUUUUAUUUGGAUUUUGUUGUGUUGCUUUCAUAUUCGGAAUAUUUUUUAAAGAAGAACAUGAUUGGAAAAAAAAAUGA